AUGACAGCAACCGAGCGGACUUCGCCCUCUCUUCCUGGCUCUUCACCUUUACUCGUUGGCUCAGACUGGAAGCAUGCCGGCUUUGAUGACGAUGCCUGGAAAGGUUCCUAUAACUUGGUCGACCUGGACCUUUACAACGUCGCAGUUCUACAACUCAAUCCUCCAGUAACGGAGGACGAGCUAGAUGAUCGCGUUGCACUCGAGGCUAAAGGUCUCGGGUUACUGCCUAUACGGCCUGCCUCGGAUGUUGAGAGUGUCAUUCCUUCGAGAUCAACAGCCACAAUUCGCUCCAACUCUUUCAACCAGGGAUCUAUUCAAUCAUAUUCAACUGCGCCUACUUCUUGUGCAUCGAGCGAGUAUUCUCAUGCAAUUCAACCAUCGCCCAUGCUGGAAAAACCCUCUGCAGCAUCCGAGAAUCCGACAAGUUCCUCUCUUCCGAAAAAGCCUGGCUCUCCCUUUCGGCGGGGCUUCCGAAGAGUGACUGGCUUUCGCAAGCGCAGGUCUACCACUUUAGCCUCUUCCUCUUUGUCAAGUAUCAGCAGCGAUGCUGGCGUCAAUGAUCCCGACAGUGAGCUUUCCAUCAAGAGUGACUUGAAAAGUCCAGUGUCAAUCAAGUCCACCCAGAGCUCAUGGUCACACCCAUUGUCGGCCACUAAAUCAAGUUAUGACCAUCAAGACUUGUACGACUCUGACGCAAUCGAAAGAAGCAGAAAUUGUAAGGCGAUGCUCAUGUUGCGGACGAUACAGCUGGAAGAGAAGGAGCGCUUUCUUCAGUUUCAAUCGGGUGUCAUAUCGGACUCGAAAGUACAAUGUGAUCGGAUCAAAGCCCAGAAGAGGAAAGACUGGGACAAGAUUAUGACUGAUCAGAUCGAGAAGAAAGAGAAGGCCGUUGAAGAACUUGAAGCCCGUCAACUUGAAGCGGAAUUGAAAAUUCUCAAGGAGCACGAAACAGAAAAGCGGGCGGUCAUGACACGACUCCGUCAUAUGGAAGCUUAUUGUCGGAAUCCUACACCACCUCCAACCCCUGUUGAGGUAGCCUCGGGACGACCAUCGACUGACUCCAUGCCAGAACGCAAGGUUACAGAAAAAGACUAUCAUAGCCUAGCACAACAAUAUCGUGAGCGUGAUGCAAUGGAUACACUGCACAUGUCCAAAAUUAAUGUUUUGAGAGGGAAGCAGAAGAAAGCGGUGGAAAACCUCAUCGACAAGAGAGAUCGAGAAAUCAGUAAACUGGAACAGGAGCUGGAAAGAGAACUUUCUGCUGUCGAACAACAGUAUACAAACCAACAAACAAAUGCGAUCUUGAUUCUCACAGAAAAGAGAAGCAGGCUAGAGGCAAGAUGGCAGACGCAAGCACUCAUACAACGCAAAAAUGUCGAGAAAGCCACCGGGCUUCCACAUGCUCCUUUGCCUGAUGUCGUCGCAAUCGAGCACUCCGAGGAAGCCACCUGCUCGUGA